CCCCGAAGAUUCAAUUCAACCCCCCCUCACCUCUCUCUCUCUCUCUCUCUCUCGUCUUCUUUCUCGCCUAGUGCACCAAACCUCAUCGACAACAAACAGCAAAGCAAUACGAGAGUAAGCGUUUCGGUUCUUGGCUCUCCCAUCGACCCCCUUGUUCUUUGCCAUUGUUGGGUUCAUUCUUUUCUUGGCGGAAAUCGUGGGUUCCCCGGGGAUUUGAGGGUAACAUUGAUUCUGGGUCAAUAAUUGCAGAAUAAGGAUCGUUCUUGAUUCUUGAUUCUUGAUUCUUGGUGGGUUAAAUUCUUUUUUCUCAAGAUCUGUUUCUGAGCGACAGUAAGGGAGCGUAGAGCGAAAACCCUCCGUACCCAUCUCGCGGGAGGUGGGAAUUGUUUGACAAUUUUGUCAAAUUUCGCGUCUUUUGAUAUCAAGAAAUGGCGACGGCGGCGAUUUUCUCGUCGCUCAGGCGGCGGAGGUCGCCGUGCUUGGAGGCUUUCUUGGUCCCGGUGGACCUCAGCGACGUGGCCCUCAUACAAGCCCUCGCGUCGCUCUCCAGCGAGCUGGUCUCGUGCCACACGAGCAAAUCGCUCUUCUUUCAGCGCAAGAAUUCGCGGUCCUUGGUCCGCAAGAUCGAGGUCUUCGUGGUGCUCUUGGAGUUCCUGAGGGAUGGGAGGUAUGGGAGGUCGGAUUUGCCUUCGGCCGCGGUCCUCUGCUUGAAGGAGCUCUAUCUGUUGCUGUACCGGUCGAAGAUAUUGCUCGAUCACUGCGCGGAAUCGAGUAAGUUGUGGCUCUUGGUCCAGAAUCAUUCGAUUUCGGGUCAUUUCCACGAUCUGAAUCAGGAAAUAUGCACGCUCUUGGAUGUUUUCCCGUUGAAGAACCUCGAAUUGAGCGAGGAUGUCAGGGAGCAACUUGAGUUGUUGCAAAAGCAAUCGAGACGGACCCGGUUUUAUGCCGAUAAGCAUGAUGAGGAGCUGAGAGUUCAGCUCUUCGCAUUUCUGAAUGAGUUCGAGAACGGGCGGAUUCCUAAUCCAGUUGAGCUGCGGGUCUUCUUCUUGGAUAGUUUGGGCAUUAGCAACGCAAAAAGUUUUAGGGCCGAGAUUGAUUUCUUGGAGGAACAGAUUAUGAAUUAUGAAGGGGACAUCGAGCCUCCGGCUUCAGUCCUUCAAGGUUUCGUUGCUCUUACCCGCUUUUGCAGGUUUCUUUUGUGCGGGUUCGAGGAGGACGAUAUUGGAAUGAGAUGCGGAAAUACGAAGAAACAGAGGAAAGGGUUGAUCGCGCAGGAAAUUGCUGAUACCUUCGUCACAGUUCCAAAGGACUUUUGUUGUCCAAUAUCGUUGGAUUUGAUGCAGGACCCAGUUAUCGUCUCGACAGGCCAGACAUAUGAUCGGAGAUCGAUAUCCAGAUGGAUGGAAGAAGGGCACUGUAACUGUCCCAAGACAGGUCAAAUGCUUGCUCACAACCGUCUUGUCCCGAACCGAGCAUUGAGGAACUUGAUUGUGCAGUGGUGCAUAGCUCAUGGUGUCCCCUAUGACCCCCCAGAGAUGAUAGAUAUAUCAGCAGAAGCUUUUCCAGCGGCUUUGCCUGGCCAAGCCGCCCUUGAAGCUAAUAAAGCCACAGCAAAACUUCUUGUUGACCAGCUGGCAAGUGGGCCUCAGGGUGCGAGGACAAUCGCUGCCAAAGAGAUCCGAUUGUUAGCUAAGACAGGGAAGGAGAACCGAGCUUUCAUUGCCGAAGCUGGGGCGAUUCCCCAUUUGCGGGAAUUGCUCUCAUCUCCGAGUCCCAUUGCCCAGGAGAUUUCCGUCACAGCAAUUCUCAACUUGUCGAUCUAUGACAAGAACAAAAGCAGGAUCAUGGAUGAGAGAGGAUGCUUGCAGUCCAUUGUGGACGUCUUAAGGAUUGGCCGAACCACAGAAGCGAGGGAAAAUGCUGCAGCAACAUUAUUCAGCCUCUCAGCUGUUCACGACUAUAAGAAGAGAAUAGCAGAUGAGGGCAAUGCAGUUGAGGCCCUAGCAGGACUCUUGAGAGAGGGGACGCCCAGAGGAAAGAAGGAUGCUGUUACUGCUUUGUUCAACCUCUCAACGCAUGCGGAAAAUUGCCUUAAAAUGAUCGAGGCGGGGGCUGUGAAUGCGCUGGUGGGCGCCUUGGGGAACGAGGUGGUUGCAGAGGAAGCUGCAGGCGCAUUGGCCUUGAUUGUUAGGCAGCCAAUGGGGGCAGAAGCGGUUGGAAAGGAGAAUUCAGCCAUCUCGGGUUUGAUUGGGAUGAUGCGGUGCGGGACCCCAAGGGGCAAAGAGAACGCAGUUGCAGCUUUGCUCGAGCUCUGCCGGACCGGUGGCUCUGCUGCCACAGAGAGAGUGGUGAAGGCACCGGCUUUGGCCGGGUUGCUGCAGUCUUUGUUCUUCACAGGAACGAAAAGGGCGAGGAGGAAGGCGGCAUCGCUAGCAAGAGUAUUUCAGAGGUGCGAGAACGCGUCAUUACACUUUGGAGGCUUGGGUGUGGGAUACGCAUUCGCGGGAAACUCCACCGCGAAUAGGGAUUCGGGUUUCGGCAAUGACGUCUCGGUACGGAUCUCGAUCCCCGUGUCCGUUUUGUAGGGGUAAUAAUGGAGCUCAUGCUAUCUUCAAGUUUUCUUAUUCUUGUUCAUAUAUACGAAAUUCUUUUAUUGAAAUAUAAAGCUCAUGAGAGGAAUCAUAGCUAUAUCACUAUGGCAGAAACAUUUUGCUCUUGAUGUGUUGGAUCUUUCCAUUCUCAA